AUGUCCGGAGCCCUUGAUGUCCUUCAUGUGAAGGAGGAGGAUGCCUUCAAAUUCCUUGCAACAAGUACCCACUUAGGUGCCACCAAUCUUGACCUCCAAAUGGAACAGUACAUCCACAAAAGGAAAAGCAAUGGCAUCUACACCAUAAAUCUAAAGAGGACCUGGAAGAAGCUUCUGCCGGCAGCUCAGGCCUUCGUUGCCAUCACGACUUCCAGGAAUACUGACCAGCAGGCUGUGCUGAAGUUCGCUGCUGCCACUGGAGCUUCUCCUACUGCUGGUCACUUCCCUCCCAGAACCUUCACUACCCAGAGCCAGGCAGCAUUCCAGGAGCCGCGUCUUGUGGUGGUUACUGAUCCCAGGGCUGACCGCCAGUCUCUCACAGAGGCGUCUCAUGUCAACCAGCCUACUGCAGCUCUGGGUAAAGAUUCUCCUCUGCGCCCUGUGGACGUCGCCAUCCCAUGCAACAAGGGAGCUCCCUCGGUGGGUCCGAUGUGGUGGGUGCUGGCUCAAGAAGUUCUGCAUGUGAGUGGCACCAUCUCUUGUGAACACCCGUGGGAGGUCAUGCCUGAUCUCUGCUUCCACAGAGAUCCUGAAGAGAUUGAAAAGGAAGAGCAGCCUGCCGCUGAAAAGGCUGUGACCAAGGAGGAGUUUCAGGGUGAAUGGACUGCGCCAGCUGCUGAGUUUACUGCUACUCAGCCUGAGGUUGCAGACUGGUCUGAAGACACGCAGGUGCCCUUGGUGCCUAUUCAGCAGUUCCCCACUGAGGACUGGAGCACUCAGCCUGCCACGGAAGACUGG